AUGCCGUUGUUGGGGUUCCCUCCGGGAGCUGUAGUUGAUGGUCCUGAGGUUUGGCGCAGGGACGCUUAUGGAUUCGCGGUGCGGCCACAGCAUGUGCAGCGUUUCCGCGAGUACGCCAAGAUUUACAAGGAAGAGGAGGAGGAGAGGGCGCACAGAUGGAGGGACUUCUUGGACAGGUUGGCUGAGUCAGCCAAUGUGCCCGGCACACCCAGCGUUUCACCAUAUGCAGCUGCCAGGGAUGGUGCCGCAGGAGCAGGACAGGCACAAGAGAAUAACAACAUCGGAAUACAUUGUGAUGAUGAUGAACAAGAGGAGGGAGCUGAGAAUGCAGAAGAUAACAAUAAAUUGGAAAACCCGAAGGAAGCUGAUACCAGUGGCGAAUCACGAGAAGCAAAUGGUAAGUCAGAAGAUCUGAAAGAUGUAACUGACAACUUGGAUGAAGUGAAAGAGGAGACUAGUAGUAGCUCUACGGAAGCAAUCAAAGCCUUAGAGGGCUUGAUGGAAGCAAAUGGGGACGUUGAAGAAUUAAAAGAUUUGAAUGGAAGCUCAGAAGAAUUGGAAGAAGAUAGUAAUGGCAACUUGGACAAGCUGGUAGAGCUCUUCUUGGAUAAGGGGUUGUUGGAUGAACUGAAGCCCAUAAAAGUUGAGUCCCGGUGGCGGGUACGGGCAGCGCUUAGCAUCAUUGACAAAAUGAUGAGCUCUCGGGUAGUGAAGGGUGGUAAUGGUGCAAAUGAUACUCAUGGAAAGGAUGGAGCACAGCUUGCUUCUAUUGAAGAGGAAGGAAGGACUGCAGAAGUGAGUCAUGACGGAGAUCCAGCUGAGGUUGAUGAGUCUUGUGUUGCAGAGAAGAUAUGGCAAGCAUUUGUUGGUGUCGGUGCUCGGAGGAUUACUGGGUACUACAACAAAUUGCUUGAUGACAGGACUGCGACAUUGGAUGAAAAGGACCUCGUGGACCCAGUGGUCAACGAACAGAGAAGUGCACCGAGAAAAGUUACACAGCCUGAGAAGUGGAAAGGACAGAUAGAGAAGGAUUUACCACGAACAUUUCCAGGACACCCUGCAUUAGAUGAGGAUGGGAGGAAUGCUUUGAGGCGGUUAUUAACCGCAUAUGCAAGGCAUAAUCCAUCAGUUGGGUACUGCCAGGCCAUGAACUUCUUUGCUGGGCUAUUUUUGCUUUUCAUGCCUGAAGAAAAUGCAUUUUGGGCUUUAGUUGGGGUUAUUGAUGAUUAUUUUGAUGGAUACUACACUGAAGAAAUGAUUGAAUCUCAGGUUGACCAACUCGUCCUUGAGGAGGUUGUACGAGAAAGGUUCCCUAAAUUGGGGCCUGCACUGGUGACCACAAAAGAUGCCGGAGAUGCAAUUACACUACUGCAGUCUCUUGCUGGAUCUACUUUUGACAGCAGCCAGCUUGUAUUGACAGCUUGUAUGGGCUUCCAAUCAGUUAGAGAAAUGGGAUUGAAAGAGUUCAGGAAAAAGCACAGGCCUGAAAUUUUAACUGCAAUGGAGGAAAGAUCGAAAGACCGUGGCUCCUGGAAAGAUAAGAAGGGGUUAGCAACCAAACUUUAUAGCUUUAAACAUGAUCCUUCAUUCAUGUGCUCACCAGUUAAGUCCAAGGAAGGGCUAGAUGGUUCAAAGGUGAAUGGAGAGACUGGGCCAGCAAAUCUUGAGACCUAUCUUAGUACUAGUUCUAUACUGGAUAAUGAUUUGGAUCAGGGUGUUGAUCUUCAAGAUCAGGUGUCAUGGCUAAAAGAUUGA